AUGGCUUCGAUACCCCUGGUGGAGGUUUUUGAAGCGCGUCCGAUCGGCGAUGGAUUGAAUUCUUUCGUCUCCGGCAACUGUGCCUUAAUUCAGUACUGGCUCUACAAGCGUUUCCUGUAUCGCUUGCUAUGGCCACCGCACGACAGCAAAGACUUCUACGGUCACUUGUCGAGUUUGACUGCAAAAAUCAAGUCAAGGGAGUUUCAACUGGAACGACUCAUCCCUGUGUUUCGUGCUAUUAUCCUCCGCCAACCAGAUGAAGGCAUCCGGGCGAGGGUCUACAUGAUGUUCCUAUAA